ACAUCUCAAAUUUAACAUACUCAAAAUUGCACUUACUUCUCCAGUUGUUCAUGCCAAAGUAUCUUUGGCAGUUUUAUUUCUUCUUCUCCAGUUCAUCAAAUCCUCUUGGCUCCACCUUCAAAGUAUAUCCAGAAUUCCAUUUCUCCUCACUUCCACUGCUGCCACUGCAGAUCAGGUAUCUACAGUGGCAGCAGUGGAAGUGAGGAGAAAUGUGAGAAUUCUGUAUCUUCAGAAUUAUUGUUGUGGCUGGUCUUUUUCCUUUGACCAUUGCUACUUAGAGUCAAUUCUCCACAUAGCAGCCAGAGUGAAUAGCGUUAGCAUGGAAACCAGAUCAAGUUACUCUUCUGCUCAAAACCCUCAGUAUUUUCUUACAUCAAAGGAAAAAUCAGAGUCUUUUUUAAAGGCCUGUGAGGCCCUCUGUGAUCCACUCUGCCCUUCCCCACCUACCACUUUCAUCCACUACUCAAUUCUUUGUUUGCUCAGCUCCACCAACACUAGCUUUUCUGUUGGCCUUUAAACACCACAGUUGUCCUCUGAGGUGGGAGCAGAGCAUUGGGCACUUGGUAAAUGCAGAGUUCAUUUUCUAGUCCUGUUCUGGUUUUUAUGUCCCGAUCUUCCCUUUCCUGUUCUCCCUGGAGCUUGGAGAACUUGGGAGUUCCUGGGGAGCCCUGGAGUCCCUACCGUCAUUACUGAGCCAGUAGACGUCCACAGUCCUCUGGCCCUGCUUGCAUUGGAACAUUGUUUGAGGCUGCUGGAGUAAGGAUGCUGCCUGAGAAGAGAGUAAGAAAGAAUGAGACAAACUCCUUACGCAGCUGAGCAACUGCUCCUUGUAUCGUACCUCUCUUCCCCUAAGAGAAUUACUGCUAUUCCAGAGAAAUGUCAUGUGGCUUCUCUCCAUAUUGACUAACCACAUUCCCUUUUCAUUUUCCUGGGUGCCUGCUUCUCUAACCCACUCUCAACUCUGUUUUUCCUAAAACAGGACAUGUUUUAGGAUUGGUCUCCUUUCUGCUAAGUAUCCAUCCCUAUGACGUCCAAAUAUUCAGGGUUUACUGGGAAAAGUGGGGCUAUCUUUUGUGUUGUAACACAAAAUAAUGUUAUCUUUCUACUAAGGAUGCCCCAAAUGUAAACUGGCAAGAUGUGUAAUAUUACUAGAAUUAGGGUAGUGCUGGAAACCAUUCUCUAGAAUUGGACCGUAGCCCUUCCUGACCACACUCCAGCUCACCCUACUAUGUUUUAUCUUUUGAUCAAAAUUUCUCCCACCUGACAUUCAAAGCUUUCCCCCACCCCAAACAUUUCAGGAGAACCAAACGUCAAGCAAAUUCAUUUCUCUCACAUCUGGUACCCAAUUCUAUUCAGUCUUAGGUCUUGGUAACUCUAGAUGAGCUCAUGUGCCUCCCAGAUUGCCUUUGAGAGCCAAUUUCUAUACCUCUCACACCAUGUCCUUCUCUUAUUCCUCUUUUCACUCACCUUGAGCUUGGCGUUGAGUAGCCAGGCUUAACCCUCCUGGCAUCCUUAUGAGGCUAUGCCAUAGUAGUAAUCAAAGGCAUCACUUUAUGGAGAGGAGAGAAAAGGUCUAGGAGGAAGAGAUGAAGGAGUGGGAGUCUUUUUCCUGGGGACACAGGCGCUGCUGGGCAGCUGUGGGAAGCAAGGUCUUCACCAUGAUUAUAUUUCCUCUCAUUAUUAGUUCCUGACCAUUUGUAUGCCCAUCUUACUCUUCUCUAUCUCACAUUUACAGUAGAAUACCUAUGUAAUACUUGACAGCAGAUAUAGGCCCUUUCUGCCAAUUUUGCUGAUAACCCAGGAUAAGUACAUUGGACUUCAGUUGGUUCAAACACGAGACCUGAAAGGAGAAGCAACUAGGAAAGAAGGGGGUAUGGUAUGUUGGGUGAGGGGUGACCAGAAGACUCCCUUUUUCUCCACUACUCCUCCCAGAAUUCAGGAAGCUACUUUCCUUCUGUGUCUGAGCAGAUAGCCCUGCAGAGGUUCAUGGUUCUUGCCAUGGGCUUUCCCAAAAAGCCAAUAGUCUGCAAGAACGAGUCGUGUUAUAUUAAAGAAUCAAGUGGACCAACUGGGAACUGUGAUAAAACUGGAGAGCACCUGCCUUGUCCCACAGGAGAGGAGCUACUCAGCCCCAGCUAACUGUGUCUUGUGGGAUGGAGGCCCAGGAUUAGCAGAUGCCUGGAUCUUAAGUGUUGGCAGUUUAUUUUAAAAAUUGUAAAUGUUGUGCAAUCAAAAUCCAGACGAAGAUCCCAUUCCUUGGCUACCAUUUUCAACCUCUGGUCUAGAGACUUCCUUACUGGAAGUUCUUAAUGUGAUCUUGCACAUUGGUGAGGCUCACUCAGGACAGUGCCAUGUGAUAGGUGUCUGCCUGGAUUGAAGAGCCCCAGUUCACAACUGCAAAGAGGAAGGGGUGGUGCAGAAUGAUAGGGGUGGUGCAUCAAUCGUCGGGUAGAAGAGGAACGAGAUUUUACUGUUAGUAAUUCUGGGCUUUUUGUGGGGGUCAGCCUCCUGUUGUAACUCACUUCCUGACUCCUUACUCACCCUCCUACUCACUCACUAGGUUUCUUAUAGAGCAACAGCAGGAGGAACCCGCCAUGUGAGGAGGAACAUGAUGAGCAGGCAGAGCAGAGAGCCCAGGAGGGAGAGCAAGGGACUUUACCUGCAGAAUGAAGGGCACCAGCCUGCAGGGAAGAGCAAAUGCAGGCCCUUGUCCUGACCUCAGCACCACCCACUCAUGUACCCCAAGGAUGUCUUCCCAACUCCUCAGGUCUUUCCAGCCCUGGACCUUACCUCAGCACCUGCCCACAUUAACCAGGCAGCCAGCUAUCCAGCAAACCCCGGCAUGAGCCUCUCGGACACCCCACAUUAUCCUUCUCAGCUGGAGAGUAUCUCUCUUCCCGUCCAGGACUGCCUUGGACUCCCCGUGCACGCCCAAAGAGCCGCUUCCUGGCCUUCCUCCCCCGACGAGGAUCCCAGUUUGCCUUCUUUUCCUCUGGAAGAGCCUGGCCCCAGGACCCUGGUCCCAGGGAGCCUUCCCUUUUCAGCCUUGUUCCUAGAGGAAGAAGAGGAAGAGGAUGAAGAUGAAGACGAGGAGGAGCCCGAGUGGCUGCGCAGCGAGGAGCAUCCGAGCCAGUUUUUCGCCGAGGCCCAGCGGCUGCGGGAGCAGAGAUUGUUGCUAGACGAAGAGGUGUCAGUCGCGGGGCGGGUAUACGGGGUGCAUCUGGUGAUCCUGGCCGCAGUCAGCAGCCUCUUCCGAGACAGGCUGCUGGGCGGCGGAGGUCCGCGGCCCCUCUUAAGCCUCGAGGUGUCCCCAGGGGGAUGGGAGGCCGUGCUGACCUUUGCCUAUGAGGGGGUGCUGGGCCCCGCCCCGCAGGGGGAUGUGCUGGCGGCCGCCGAGGCGCUGGGAGCGCCCCGGGUGAAGGCUGCUGCCCAGCGGAGAUGCGAGAGGGCUGGAAAUGCCCGGGAAGAUGUAAAGGAGCCCAGCCAGGCAGAGGAGCUGAGGGAGAACCUGCGCGGAAUCGAGCUUCUCUACCGAGAGGGCGUCGGCUGUGACUUGAAGCUGGAGGCAGGCGGCUGCCAGCUGCGGGUGCACCGAGCAGCCCUGGCCUGCGGCAGUGAGUUCUUUGGGGCCAUGCUCCUGAGCGGGAUGAGGGAAUCCAAGGGCACAGAGGUGUCUCUGCGAACCAUCUCCACCCGGGACCUGCAACUCCUUGUCUCUUUUGCUUACUCUGGAGUUGUGCGGGCAAGGUGGCCAGGACUCCUGAGAGCUGCUCAGGCUGCUCUGCAGUACCAGAGCUCUUCCUGCCUGGAUUUGUGUCAGAAAGGCUUGGCACAGGGCCUCAGCCCCGCCCGUUGCCUGGCCCUGUUCCCCAUGGCGGAAGCCCCUGGGUUGGAGAGGCUCUGGAGCAAAGCCCGUCACUACCUCCUCACCCACCUGCCUGCUGUAGCCUUGUGCCGUGCUUUCCCUUCUUUACCAGCUGCCUGCUUGGCUGAGCUUCUGGAUAGUGAUGAGCUCCAUGUGCAGGAGGAGUUCGAGGCCUUUGUGGCUGCACGGUGUUGGCUAGCUGCCAACCCCGAGACCCAGGAGUCAGAGGCCAAGGCCCUGCUGCGAUGCGUCCGCUUUGGCCGCAUGUCCACCAGGGAGCUGCGAAGGGUGCGGGCAGCCGGGCUACCUCCACCCCUGACCCCAGAUCUGUUGCACCAGCUGAUGGUAGAGGCUGAUGUUCCAGGCCAAGAGAGACGGAGGGAGCCUGACCGGGCACUGGUAGUGAUUGGCGGGGAUGGGCUGAGACCAGACAUGGCCCUAAGACAACCAUCCCAAGCAGUGUGGUGGGCCCGAGCCUUCCGCUGUGGCAUCGGACUUGUACGAACUGUGGAGUGGGGACAGCUGCCUGCCCUGCCUGCCCCAGGACGCUUCCGGCAUGGGGCCGCGAGCCUGGCAGGAAGUGAACUCUAUGUGUGUGGGGGACAAGAUUUCUACAGUCACUCCAACACCCUGGCUUCAACUCUCAGGUGGGAGCCCAAUCAAGAGGACUGGGAGGAAAUGGCUCCUUUGUCCCAGGCUCGAAGCUUUUUCCCCUUGGUGGCACUAGAUGGACAACUUUAUGCCCUAGGUGGAAGACAAAAUGGUGUUGCCCUGGACUCUGUGGAGACCUACAACCCUGAGCUCGAUGUCUGGAGGCCAGCACCUGCACUUCCAGCACCAUGUUUUGCCCACGCAGCUGCCAUUUUGGAGGGCCGAUUGUAUGUGAGCGGUGGCUGUGGUGGGACUGGCCAAUACCUGGCCUCACUGCUGCACUACGACCCCAAACUUGAGAAGCCAGGGACAUUUCUGAGCCCUAUGGGGGUACCUCGGGCUGGCCAUGUCAUGGCUGCACUGGGUGGGCGGUUGUAUGUGGCAGGUGGGCUGGGUGAGACUGGGGACCUGCUGAGUUUUGAGGCCUAUGAACUAAGGACUGAUAGCUGGACUCACCUGGCACCUCUACCUUCCCCCCAUGUGGGGGCUGCAGGUGCUGUGCUGCAGGGGGAGCUGCUGGUGCUGGGGGGCUACAGUCACCGUACUUAUGCCCUCUCCCACCUUAUCCAUGCCUACUCUCCCGGCCUGGGCCGAUGGCUUUGCCUGGGAACUCUGCCAAGGCCCCGGGCUGAGAUGCCUGCCUGCAUCCUGACACUGCCCACUGUGCAGCACACAGCUUUGGUUCCCAACCCGCACCAAACCAAGCCUGCCGGGUGAAGAGGGAGCAACAGUGUAUGGGGGAGGAAGGCGUAAGAAAUCAUCUGGGAGAAGGACAGAGAUCAUGGGAGAGAAAGGAAGGUUUUAUUCUUGGCAGUAGUUUAUUCUCAUGCUGUGCAUUGUAAACUGCUUUUGUACGUUUGAUCUCCAUUGAGGAAAUGGUGGUUCCAGAACUCCCGGGGAAAGCAUAUUGGGGAAGGGGAGGCAGCUGAAUAUCCCGGUAAGGAAAGGAGAGCCAGGAGCAACUCCACAAGGCUGAGGGAUUCUUGGGAGGGAAAGUGCAUCUGGUUGGAAAGAGAGUUGAGAAGCUUCAGUAGUCAAAGUGUAGAGAUCAUGAGAGGACAGUUGGGUAAAUGGUUCUGACCCAUGGAUCAAGGGAAAAAUGCAGAAUGGCCAUCCAUGAAAGAGUUUGAGGAAUGUGGGAGGAAGGACUGUAAAUCAUUCAGCGCUCUUUUUUCCCCAGAACUUGCUCCUUUCUCCUCUCCCAUCCCUGGGAUGCCUAACCCUUCUUAACAAUAUUCUUUCUCAGGUAAUUUUGUAGCCCUGGUCUAGUGUUUCCUAGCUGAGACACCACAGGCCGCCCCUGAGAGCCUCUUGGUUUCCUUCUGAGGCAAAAGCUCCCACCUGGACAUGGAUGGCACAGCAGCCUGAGAGGCCUGAUGGGUCCUCCAGGGCCAUGCGACAGGAGUGGUGUGUGGGGAAGAUGAGGGGGGCAGAGGACAAGUGGGGAGAGGCCCACAGCGGAAAACAUGAUCUGAGAUUUGAGGAGAUGGGAUGGAAGAAGUCAGAAUGCUGUCUGGCUUCUUGCUUUCCCUUUGGGCAAUUUGAGGAAUCAGGAGUGAAAACGAGACCAUUGUUGUGUGAGAUCUCAAGUGGUGAGAGGAUGUGGCAGAGAGAAGAGUGAGAAGCAGACAAGACUCAGGAAAGUCAUUUCCCCCUUUCAGUCCCUUUUCCCCCGAGUUAUUUUUAAAUUCAUUUCCCUUUUUCUUGGCCAGGGAAGGUGGUCAGAUGCAUCCUCUUUCUCUCUUCCUCCAUCUUGCUCUCCCCACUAUCCCUCGUUUUUUUUUUCUUUCUUUCUCCCUCACACAGUUAUUAAUCACCUACUUUGUGGCAGGCACUGUAGGAGGCACCAAGGUCACAGAGCCCCUGACCAGCAGAUAGACGUAAACAAAUACAAGUUUUGAGUGGACUUAGACAUAUGGACAAGUCUUGUGAGAGCCCAGAGGAUGGAGCAGGGAACUCUGCCCAGAAGGGCUUCUGUUAGGGAAGGUGUCAUCCGAUGAGUGUAUUUUGAACUGGAUCUUAAAGGCUGCCUGAAGUCUCAGAAGGGGAAAUGCAUUCGAAACACAGAGAAGUGAGGCAUGCCGUACCCUGUUUCUCCAUAGCAAAGGGGAAGUUGGUAUUCCAGAGGUUCUUCAGAUAAUUCUGCUGCUUUUGCCACCUAGCCUGUUCUCUGGAGCCUUCCUGAGGAUAAUGGCUUUCACUUAAUGACUUUAUAUUCCCCCACUGUACCACUCACCUGUAUCCUUCUUGUCUGCUAUUUUCAUUUCUGCAGCCUGGACAGCUGAGAGCAAAAAAGGGUCAGGUUUUUAUGUGUAGGUUGAUUUUCUAUUACCAUUGUUUAUUAAGAUUUUCAUGUUUCUAAGAGUGAUGAUGGAGCCUCCCUUGUACCCUUCUUCAUUCUGGCCCCAGAAGUACUCGACAUGCAUUUUAUUUAUUUAUUUGUAGAUUUUGUUAUUUUAGUAAGGAUUUUUCUGUGUCUCUAUUUAAGCUAGACUAGGAAUGUAGUCGCAAAUGAGAAAGGGUAAGUAGGACGUCUAAGAGAAAAGAAAAGGAAGAAGGAAGAAAGGGAAGAAGGAAAUUGAAGGAGAUGAGAAGCUAUAAUAAUUGGAUGAACUUCUAUGAACAUUUUUUUGUGAUUUGUACCUAAAGACAGGCUUAAAUAAAGAUUUCACAGUGAUUGAA